CUUCGCAGUGUUCUUCCUAAUCUAAAUCCAACGAGUAUCAGAGCAAAAAAUAAGGGAGAAAAGCAGUAUCGCGAGAGAGAAUGACGACGCUCCUUCCGGUGAACAUCACCGGCGGUCCCUCUGAAUCAUUACACAAACCGAUUUCUCCGGUCAUCCCUACUCUCAACUUCCCCGCACUUUAUCCUAAUCAAAGUCGUUACUACUCCAUUCCUCCACUCCCCGACAAAAACGUCAGGUGGGCGAAGAAGACUCGUGAUCUGAUUAUUGCUAAUGGUUCACAGAAAAACCCCAUCCCUAGAAGCUCUCAAGGUGAGGAAGUGGAUAAUUUGGGGGUGAAAGCUGCAUUGUCCCUGCUCAUCUUCUACAAGAGAGAGAUAUCGCCAUUGUUGCCUAAGAGUUGCAGGUACAUUCCUACGUGCAGUGAGUAUUCAAUGAUUGCUUACAAGAAAUAUGGAUUUGUUAAGGGCACUGCCUUGACUGCCUGCCGUCUUUGUCGCUGUAACCCUUUGGGAGGCUCUGGCUUCGACCCUCCGAGAUGGUUUGGCGAGACAAGCCCACCGGAACAGUGAAUGGAGAUGAAGCGGGAGGGGUAUUGUAGUAAAUAAGACUACUAUUACAUUCAUUGUAAGCACUUGAGCUGAGAG